AAACCCUACUUUUCGGUGGAGGAUCGAAGUGAAUUGCAGCCGCACUUGUACGGCAUCUCGCAUUACGGUGACAACAUCGAGGACGAAUGGUUCAUAGUGUACUUACUCUUUCAGAUUACUAAGGAAAUUAAUGGUAUUGUCGCGAGGGUCGUCGACGCGGACGGUGAAUUUUUACUAAUUGAGGCAGCUAAUUAUUUACCCAAGUGGGCUAAUCCGGAUACUUGCGAAAAUCGUGUCUAUAUCUAUCAAGGGAACUUGCAUAUUAUUCCACCAGUGAAAAGUGGCAGCGGUGUUUCGGUAAGUGAAGCAUUGUCACAACUUUCCCGGUCGCCGCAAACUAGUUACGCCUCUACUAACAUUCAGAAUUCAAUUUUGAAUAGAAUUAAAGGGUACCCUAACCGUAUCGUCGAGAAUUUACAUUCGACGACAUUGUAUGUACCACUUGGAGUUGCGGCAAUUCUUAAACACAAACCCGGGCUUGUGGCACCUGCUGUGCAGGCAUUUUGUAAUCGGGAUUUGGUGGACAGCAAAGCCUGUCGUGCCAUGAAAUAUUUUCCCCCGGAAAAUCGUGUGUAUUGCCGAACUACGUUUACAAAGUGUUUGUAUGCUAUGUUAAACCAUAGCAAGUAUGUUCCGGAUAAACGUACCGGCUGGAAUUUGCCAGUGCUUAACAGUCCUCAACACAAAUCGCAUACUUUAGGCGUGAAACUCGCAUGUGGCUUUGAAAUUUUAGUCUCCCAAGCGAAACCCAGUGCCGAUGUUGAAAACGACAAAGGGUGGCAUGCGUACUUAAAAACCUUGAAAGAGAAGGGCUUCUUCAGAGAUCUCCUGGAGCACUCACGCGAUUAUAACGACCUUUUAAAUAAAGCCAAAGAAUACUACAUCAAUUAUCGUGACUCCAUGCAGUCGACACCUGUAAUUGGUCAAGAAAUCCUCGACCUGACCAAAAACUUAGACUACAAUGCAGACGAGUUUCGCAAGGACACCGCUCAACCCGAGGACGACGACGACUCCUGGCUAGACAUCGCACCGAAAGACCUAGACGAACUGCUCCAGGCGAACUACGGUCGAAAAGAUUUCACACAACUCAACGGAAACGCGGACGCCACCAAUUUCACGGAGAAACUCACGACGUUCCUCGACCACAUGUCCGACGUUCAAGGCGUCGAGUUCCCCGAGGAGUCGCCCCCCUCGCGUCCUCCGCGCGGUCUCAAAAGGGGUAGCAAAACUAAGGUCUCGUUCUCCAGCGAUACGAAGCUCGACGAAAAACCGAACUCGAACAAGGUGAGUUUCGAUCCGGCCGCCUUCACGUGUGCCCUGCAGAACAUUCUGGAUUUCAUGAUCCCGGACGACGACAAUUGGGACUUGGAUUCCGAUUCGGAUAUGAGCGCGUACGGCGAAGAUCGGGAAGUGAACUUCGAGGGGGACGACGACGGUAAGAAUAAGAUGAAGGAGUACAUGGCGCAAAUGGAUCUCGAGUUGCAAAAGACGACCAUUGGGGAGAGCUUCCACAAGGUGGAGAAAACCGAGGGGUUCGACGAUGUUGAAAGUUUUCGGCCGGUCGAUAUUGAUAUGAACGCUUUAAAGAAUGUGUUGGAAAGCUACCAGUCGCAGAUGGGCGAAGCCGGGCCGGCCAGUACCAUGUUGGGACCUAUGGGUAUUCAUUUGGAACCUGGUACAAGUCGGGACGGGCUUAAAAAGCCUGCAGUGUAAGUUCAUCUGACUUUUUUAAGGUCUUCCACUACAGUGUGUAUUUAAUUAAAUUUGCCACCCAGAGAGGUCGCUGUUAUGUAUCCAAUUGGAAGUUGUCUAGCAGGGUAAAGUUACUAACACCAAGGCGUUAGUUACCGUUUGAGAUUACAGUAAUUUUAAUAGCUAUUUAUGUAGAUGUUCCAAUAUUCGAGUCCUAAAGAAAGUAGAUAGCAGCCUCGCACGCUUUAUACUUUUAUAAACAACGUUAUUAAGUACUGCCAGUUCGUAAAAUAGAAGAGUUUAAUUAUUGUAAGCGAAUUUCCUAAGUUUAAUUUUCCGGUUUAGUAUCGAUUAACUGUGAUUUGUUCCAUAGUUUUGAAUUAAUUUUUUGUAUCGAACAUUUUAUACAUUAAAUAAACCUUAUAUCUAUGA